AUGUGUGAUGCAUCUGACUAUGCAGUAGGAGCAGUGCUUGGCCAAAAGAUAGACAAGAAACUCAAUGUCAUCUACUAUGCAAGCAAGACUAUGGAUGAUGCUCAGUGCAAGUAUGCAACCACAGAGAAGGAACUCCUUGCCAUAGUCUUUGCCUUUGAGAAGUUUCGAAGCUAUAUAGUUGGAUCCAAGGUGAUUGUGCACACUGACCAUGCUGCCCUUAGACACAUCUUCGCUAAGAAAGAUACAAAGCCAAGACUUCUCAGAUGGAUCCUUUUGCUUCAAGAGUUUGACAUAGAAGUUGUGGACAAAAAGGGAGUAGAAAAUGGAGUUGCUGAUCAUCUCUCUAGGAUGCGAGUUGAAGACAUGAUCCCCAUCAAUGAUUCUAUGCCUGAAGAACAGCUUAUGGCAAUCAUGAUCUUGAAGGAGAGUUUUGAUGAGAAAGCCAGGCUGGAAGAAGUUAAGGCUCUGCGUGAUGAGAAUUUGCCAUGGUAUGCUGAUAUAGUGAACUUCAUGGUGUCCGGAGAAGUCCCUAGUAGCUUUGAUGCUUACAAGAGGAAGAAAUUCUUCAAGGAUGCUAGGCAUUACUAUUGGGAUGAGCCCUACUUGUACAAGAGAGGACCAGACAGCAUUUACAGGAGAUGCAUUGCUGAAGAGGAUGUGCAAGGAGUUCUAGAGCAUUGCCAUGGAACCAUCAUCUUUCCAAGAUAUGGCAUCCCAAGGGUUGUUAUUUCGGAUGGAGGCUCCCAUUUCAUCAACAAGGUGUUUGAGAAGUUGAUGAAGAGUUAUGGAGUCAAGCACAAGGUCGCUACACCUUAUCACCCUCAAACCAGUGGGCAAGUUGAAGUCUCCAACAGACAGAUAAAGGCCAUAUUGGAGAAGACUGUGAGCUUCACUAGGAAAGGAUUGGGCAGCAAGGCUUGA